AUGGCCCUGCCUCUCACACUGCUAGUACACAGAUUUCAAUAAAUGAUGGAUUUGAGGAGUUUAGUAGGCCUACCUGCUGUUCUGCUACUCUUCGGUGUGGUCACUGUGUUCGCGCAAACUGCCGAACCCAGCGUAGUGUGUGAGACUAAGAAUGGAACAAGCUGUGAGGAAUGUCUGACAAAUGUGACGUGCCUGUGGUGUCAGAAGACUAAGAUGUGUAUCACGUACCCAGUGAGGACCAUCCUACCCCCCCACGCCCUCUGCCCCCUCAACGAUGCACGCUGGGGACGCUGCUGGGUGAACUUCCAGUCAUUGAUCAUCGCCAUGGCGGUGGUGGGUGGAGUCAUUAUCAUCGCCUUCCUGGUCUGCCUCUUCUGCUGCAAGUGUGAACGCAUCGGGUCUGCGAGGUUCGAUGCCAAGAUGGAUAGACGGGCCAAUAAGACGAAGGGAAAACAGGAAGAGAGGAAGGCAGAGAUGAAGAUGAGGCAUGAGGAAAUCCGAACGAAAUAUGGUCUCAGUGGGUCCAACCCAUACUCCAAAUUCUCCUGAGCUGCCUGCCUUCUCCUCACCUCUGACCUUUCAACCAACCCAACCCCUUCUUCCCCUAAGGAAUGUUGACCUUGGUGACUGUUCUAUGCUCAGCUUACCCUCCCCUAAACCAUUAAUCAUAAAAAUCUUAAAGAUGCGUUAUAAAGGUUUUGUAUAAUUUCAGACAAUAGCUUUGAAAGUAGCGCUCACAAACCAAAAUGGGUCCCCAUAAAUUGUGCACAAUUGUGUACAACGUAAUCUAUUUCGUAUGAUAUGUUGCAUCCUGCAAAAAUAGUAAUAAUAAUAAUAAUAAUGUACCUUAUUUAUACCAUCUACCUUCUGUGACUACCACUGUAUUAAAAACUCAUAUGAUGA